AUGGACGCCGUCGUGGUGAUCCUCCUGGCGCUUUGCAGCCUCGUCAUUGGCGACGACAAGGCAACGCCGCCGCCGGUACCGACAGCCGCGAACGGCCUCCCGCUCUGCGCGAUGAUGGAAGAGAUCAACAGUUUCUUCACGCCACUCUACGACCAGCCUACCUUUUCGGAUUGCAUGCGCGAUGCCGACAUGGCCGAUGUGGACUUUCUCGCGUCCAACGAGCCGCCGUCCGAGGCGCAGCUUCGACACUUCUUCCACAGCAGCUCGUGUCGAGCUCUGUACGCUGCGCUUCUUCGCGUGCUCACCGAGGACAUGCCGCUUUGCGCCAUUGACCGCGCCGGUACAUCCAUCAAGACACUCGGCGACAAGACCUUUGACGAGCUUCACGAUGCACUGCUGACAAGCCAAGCUGGCCAUGGAUGGAUGACGUCGUUCAAUCUCUAG